AUGCGGAGACUGCAGUCUCUGCAAUUGGCCAUCCCGUCACAAUGCGCCGCAUCCAGACCUUCUUUCGCCGCUGCCCGCGCCAUCUCGACGACCGGCCCCGCGCACAGCAAGAACACGGAAUGGAUCCGGGGGAAGCUCUGGAAGGGCGAGGCCCCCGGCCCGGCUGAUCCCUAUACGCAGAGGAUGGAGCCUGAAGCCCAGUCGAAUCUGCCCGAGGAGGCACUGGAGAGCCGGCCGCGCCAGGAUAAGACGCCCGCGGUCCUGGAAGAGUCGAGGCUGACUCUGCCCGCGAGGAGGACCGAGGCGACGGCGGAGAAGGAGGUGCAGGCGGUAGAUCCGUCGUAUGUGCCCGCUACGGAUGCCGAAGGGCUAGAGGAGAUCGGGGCAUUGAACACGUGGUGGGAGCAGCCAGGACACUGGGGCGACGAGAGUGUCUUCAAGGGAUUCGGCAGCGCGGACAAGGUUGUGGAGAGGGAAGUCCUGGAGGUUCACCUGCGACGAGCUGUUGUUGAGGCACUGGCACUGCAGCAGACGGGAGUCUUCUCAGAAUGGGCUACGAAGAAGUGGUCUGAGGGAGGAUCUAGGGACGAGUUGGAUAAGGCAUUGGCCGUGCAGGUUGAGGUGCAGGAUGGAAAGGCUACUUUGAAGGGAGACGCUUCAUCGAUUGUGGAGGCUUUGACGAGUGAAUCUCAAGAGGUCGAAUCAUCGACAGUUGUGACUGUCGAAGAGGCAAAGGAGAUUAUCAAGUCAUGGGAUUCUUCAUGGAAGAACAUUGCGCUCGAUGACUCACUACGAUUUGCGCUCCGCAAGCGCCUCUAUCAACUCACCGGAAUCCUCAUCCCAGACGCCAAACUCGCCGCCGCCAACACCGCCAAGCACAUCCUGACCCUUGCGACCAGAGACCCCAAGCCGCUGAAACUAGCCCAGAUGCUCGAGAAGCGCAACGCCUUCAAUGAGCUGGCCAACGUCAAGCUACACGAGCGGAAGAUUGGCCCUAUCGAUAAGGAGGUUGUUGUGGGACGCUGGAAGGUGAUUGAGGAGGAGCUGAAGAAGCGUGACUUGCCGGUGACGGGCUACGGAAACGCGGCAAGGAACAAGGAGAGGGAUUGGUUGACUGGGAAGAUAUAA